GAAUAAAUAGCCAUCUCAUACUCUAGGAUUCAGCAGCUUCAUUUAGUCCCUAAGUCUCCUCUAUCUACCGUCAAUAUCCAACAAUCCAUACUCUGAAAAUGACGACAGGCGGCUGCUUCUGCGGAAACAUCCAAGUUGAGUUUAGCGGCGAGCCUGUGAUAGUCGCUAUAUGUCACUGCCACGACUGUCGCAAAAUCACCGGCACUUUGUAUUCCUACAAUUUUGUGUUCAAAAGUGAUAGCUUCAAAAUAUCAGGGAGUCCCAAAGAGCUACCGAAGACAUGCGACAGCGGAGGUCGGAUCAUGAACCACUUCUGUGGGGACUGUGGUACGCCCCUUUACGGACACAAAGUAAACGCCGAUGGAAGUGCGGGUGAACUCAAGAUCGUGCGUGCUGGUAUCUUCGAUGACGAGACAGUGAAUAAGUAUAAGCCAGGACAUGAAGUAUACACCGGAAGACGGGUAUGUUGGCUUGAUCCUGCUGAUGGAGCUGAGCAGUUCGAGGGGAUGGCGCCUCUGUGAGGCCUUAUGAUGCUGGGAUGGGUAGCUUACGAGAGGUUCAUUUUCCUAAUUUAAUGAUAGAGAACGUUAGCUUUAGACAAUAA